AUGGCUGCACCCAUACACAAUGCCUACCGGUUUCUAACAGCCCCCCAAGUCAGGAGAUUGCACGCCCUACAAAUUGCUGCAUCGUCGCCAACGCAACAAACCAUGCUAGAAUCGGCCACUGACUCACCCAUAAACAAAAACUUGUAUGGUCAGACGGACGUAUUUCAACUAGCUGCAAUCCUCGCCGAAAAAGUUAUUCUCAACCACCCAUACCAGGAUGGUAACAAGCGAACCGCUCUUUUCGCCGCAGAUAUGUUCCUGAAGAUGAAUGGGUAUCAAUUGCAGACAAAGAUGAAUGACGCAGAACCCGAUGAAGGUCUUGCUGACGCACACGUCUUUGUUGCUAGCAAGCAGUGGACGGCGGAGGACCUGGGAAAGUAUUAUGCUAGCGUGGCUAAACAGAUGGCGAGCAAUCACGAGCAAGAAGAUGGGAGAAUAUGA